AUGUCGGGUCCGCAGGUUGACUUGCCCUUCCUUGAGGUCGAGAGUGUGCAGGUGGUUCGCAAUGUGAACUUGAGUGGCAUCAACGGCCUUAUCUUGAGUCUGGCCGAGCUGCGCGAGGCUGGUGCGCUGCUGGCCGGGCGCACAGAGCGCUUGGCUGCGGCUAAUGCAGAGCUCGAAGCUCGGCAGCGCGCCGCAGAUGCACAGCUGCUUGCGCUUCAAUCUGCGGCCAAGGAGCAGGAGCGGAAUGGGGCAAAGGCAGCAGGCAAAGACGGGCCGAUCGGCGGACACAGCGGCGAUGGCGUCCAGAUCAGCGUGGACGCGCCAGUGGCCUUGCCGCUGGUGGCGCGCCUUGAGAGACUCGAGCAGCAGCAGCAGCAGCAGCAGCAGCAGCAGCAGCAGCAGCAGCAGCAGUCGCGUGCCCAUCAGGGUAAUGCUGCGGACUCGGACGCCACAAACCUCGGCAGCAGUGGCGGGAGCGCCGGCGCCACGGGCACCGCUUUUCACCGAGGCGGCGACGACACGCUCCGAUCUCAACUAGAGGCGCUGGCUGGCCGCAUGGCUGCCCUCGAGGCUGCCGCCCCGCACGCGUGCGAGGCGAUCAGCGGGGCGCCUGACAAGGGACCCUCGCCAUCACUGCCCAUCAUCGGCGCUGCCGCCAGCACGCUCCCCAGCUGCACGCCACCGCCAGCUGAGACGCCAGCAGCGGCUGUGGCGGAGGCCGCGGCUGCACCCCAGGGCCUGAGCAGGGUGCUGGAGGGCAAGGCUGACAGGGCCGAUGUCGAGGCCCUUGCUGCCUUGGUGCAGCAGCUGGUGCUGCAGCAGCAGCAGCAGCGGCAGCAGCACCUGCAACAGCAGCAACUGGAGCAGCAGCGACUGGAGCACACGCCAUCAGACACGGCCAUCGGGGAGGCGAGCGCCGCCACCCUCGUAGUCACCUCGACCAAACCAAUCGCGCCAGCUGACGACAUGCCAGACGGCAUCCGCAGCCCGCCAGGCGCCGCCGACGCCGCCGCCGCCGCCGCAGCAGCAGCAGGUGUGCCCGCGCUGCUCGCCUCGCUGGCGGCGCAGCCGGCAGCGCGGACGGAGCGCGAGCUCGCCGCGCUGAGGGGCGACCUCGAUGCGGCGCGGGCAGAGGUGCGCCGCCUGGGCAGCGAGGGCGCAGAGCUCAAGUCGCGCAUGGGCGAGCUCGCGGCUGCCCGGCUGCCGCGCGGGCCGGGCGUCACCAAAAGUGCCUUGGACGGCAGCAGCGCGGUGGCUGGCGUCGCCGCUGCCGCGGCCCCGGCGUGCGGGCCGUGCGAGAGCGACGGCCGCGCGAGCCCCGCUGCAGCGUGGGGCGGCGACGGGGCGCGGCCGGAAGCCGGGCGGCCGGCGAUGGCGGAUGGGGCUUUGCAGCUGCUGGUGCUCAGGGUUGAGGCGCUGGAGGCGCUCGCCACGCAGGCAGACGGCGUGGGUGGGCCUGGCGGCAGCGGCGGCGCAGAGGAGGGAGGGGAGGGGUUGCAGCGCAGCGGCUCGCUGUCGUUCACGACGCGUGUGGUCGGAGGCUCAGGCGGAUGCGACAGCGCGACCGGCGGCUGCUGUGGCGACGGCGCGGCGGGCGAGCUGCGCCUGCUGCAUGCAUCGCUCGAGGCCCUGCGGCUGCGUGUGGGAGCCUUGGAGGCCGAUGGUGCCCUGCUGUCACCUGUGGCGUCGGCACCAGGCGCACCUGCCACCAUGGCCGACGACGACGCGGUUGCGCCUGACGGCGCAGCCGCCCCGCAGCCGCCCGCCGGGCGGCCGCGGUCCUGGGCGGCCGCGGGCGCCACGCCGGCGCCGGCGCCGGCCCCGGCGUGGGACGGCGGCGGCGCCCUGCGGGUGUUGAGGGGCGAUGUUGAUGCGCUGGCCGGCCGUUUGGAGCGCCGCUGUGGGCGGCUGGAGCGGGAGCUGCUCGCAGUUCGGGCAGGGUCACCCCCAGGUGGCUUGGGGGGCCGGCUCACGGGCGGCGAGGCAGGCGGCGGCUCGUUGGACGUUGUCUGCGGGGAAGGCGGUGGAGCGGGUGGUGCACUGGGGCGCGUCGAGCGACUGGAGGCGGCCCUCGACGCGGUUGCGGCGGUUGUCGCAGUGCUGGCGGCGGGCGAGGACCCGGCCAGCCCGCGCCCAUGCGUCGGCGGCGGCGGCCGCGGCAGGGCCGGCCACGGUCCGGUCUGCGGCACCGCGGGCGUGGGCCAGGACGGGGAGGCCGCUGGGGCGGCGGCGGGGGCGGGGCUGGGGCGGCUGGAGGCGCUUGUGAAGGGCGGACGCGUGGGCCGGAAGAUGGACGCGUUUGACCCGAUGGUGCUUCACAAAAUGGCCCAACGUCUGGCGGCCGCCGAGGCGCAGCUCGGGAUGGGCGCUGGCGCCACCGUUGGCGGCGCUGCCAGCGGCGGCGCCCUGCUGGCCGGCAGCGUGCGCUCGCCCGGCGGCGGGGGCGGCGGCGCCGCCUCUGCCGGGGACCAGCUUCCCGCAACCGCCGGCGCCCUGCGGGAUCUGGAGGGCCGCGUGCGGAAGCUGGGGGGCCAGGUCAAGCAGAUCCAGCUGCAGCUGCAGGUGCAGGGCGGCGUCGGCGGCGGCGUCGGCGGCGUCGGCGGCGCCAGCAGCGGCGGUGGCCGGGGCAUGGCGCAGCAGCAGCCACAGUCGCCGUCCUUGCUGGCUGCUGACGGCGAUCAUGCCAUGCUGUCGUCGCGGCCGGCGGUGAUGGGGUACCGUUGUAUGGCUUGCGACCGCCCUCUCGCUGCGCUGGCGGAGAGGGCCGGCCCCUGGGUGCCGACCGGCCUGAUGCCCGCGGCGGCCCCGCCUGCGGCCUGGGAUGGGCAGUCUGGGCCUGGCGCCGCUGAAGACGACGGCCGCGGAGGCGCCAGCCCGGCGGCGGCGAGGCGGCGCACGGACGGCGUGGCGGUAGCGGCGGCGGCGGGCGCCGACGGGCGCGGGCCGCAGGCGUGGUUCCCAGACGGGCGCGGGGCGCCGGCUGCCGAGCUGCCCGGCGGCCUCGUGGGGCCGCACCUCCCGCCAGGCGGCUGGCGGGGCGGCCAGGGCGGCGGCGCCAGGGGUGCGGACGACGGCAGCCUCGGCGGUGGGGGCGGCGCGCUGCCGCACAUCUCCAAGGGCCGCACGCCCGCUGCGUCGAUGCGCCCCACGCGGGAGGGAUGA